AUGGUUGAUGGAUUGAUAGUUGAUGGGUCUCUAGUUGAAGAUAUCCGAGAUACUGACCUCCCUCUUUUUCGCAGCGUACAAGUCGGUUUCCACAACAUCAACUACUCCAUAGAAGCCGCCGAUCCAGCAGCCAAAAAAUCCAACCCCUUCUCCAAAGCCGUCACCAAAGAAAAGAGCAUACUCAACGACAUCAGCGGUGUCUUCCGCCCCGGCCGCCUGACGGCCAUCAUGGGCGCCAGCGGAGCCGGUAAGACCUCCCUCCUCAACGUUCUCGCCGGCCACACCGACGGCGGCAGCGUCAGCGGGUCCGUCACGGUCAACAAGCAGCCGGUCUCGGGCAGCGCCAUGCGGAAGGAGAGCGGGUUCGUGUUCCAGGACGAUGUGAUCCUGGCCACUAUGACUGCGAGGGAGGCGAUCGCCAUGUCUGCGACACUCCGGUUGGGCGAUGCCGUUUCGGCAGAGGAGAAGGAACGUAAGGUGGAGGAGAUGUUGGAUCUGCUCAACUUGCGCAAGUGCGCACAUACUGUCGUUGGAAGCCCCACCCUUAAAGGCAUCAGCGGAGGAGAGAGAAAACGAGUGGCAAUCGCAAUGGAGCUCAUCACCGAACCCCGCAUUCUCUACCUCGACGAGCCCACGAGCGGCUUAGACUCGUUCACCGCUUACUCCGUCAUCAGCAUCCUGCGCAAUCUGGCUACCACCGGUCGCACGAUUGCGUGUACCAUCCAUCAGCCGUCGUCUGAGGUCUUUGCGUUGUUCCAUGAUGUGCUUUUCCUCGCUGAGGGUCAGGUCAUGUAUAAUGGUCCGACGUCGAAGGUGGUGGACUACUUUGGCCGUCUUGGCUACCCUUGCCCGGAGCACUUCAACCCCGCAGACCAUGUCUUCAUGGCCAUUCUUAACAACCAAGAAGGCUCCUUCGAAGAGAAAAAAGAAGAAAGCAACGCCGACCGCAUCAAACGCUUAAUCCAAUACUGGAAAGACAGUCCCGAAGCCGCUGAUUUGGCCAAGAUCCGCCAAAACCCGCCCGCCGACACCGUCACGUUAAAAAAGAACCAAACCGCCGGCACAUCCUACUCGACCCAAUUCAAAUACCUUCUCGAACGCGAGUUCAAAAACUCCGUCCGCAAUCCAUUAGUCCUCCGCGCCAAAGCGGGUCAAUCCCUCAUCCUCGCCCUCAUCAUCGGCCUCCUCUUCCUCAACACCGACGACAAGACCGGGUACGCCGCCAACCAGAACAGAGUAGGAGUCCUCUUCUUCCUCUCCACCCAAGCCGUCUUCGGCUCAACCAUGUCCAUCCUCGGCAUCUUCGCGGCCGAUAAACUGGUAUUCGCCCGAGAACACGGAUCGGGAUAUUACUCCCUCCCCGCCUUCUUCUUCUCGAAAAUAGGCGUCGAGCUCCCCUCCAUCAUCGUCUUCCCAACCAUCAUGGCGACCAUCAUCUACUGGAUGGUCGGGCUCCAGGUCGACGCGGCUAAAUACCUCAUCGUAUGCGCCUUCGUGAUCAUGGUCUCACUCACCGGAUUCGCGCUCGGAGUCUCACUCGCGUCGAUCUUCCCUUCCUUACCCGUCGCGCUCGCCGUCACGCCACUCCUCCUGCUACCGCUCAUGCUGUUCUCGGGCCUGUUCAUCAACGACUCGGCGAUCCCGGCGUACUUUGGAUGGAUACGGUGGCUCUCCCCCAUCAGGUACUCCUUCAUCGGGCUUGUCAAGAACGAGUACGCGGGCCUGCAGAUCCCGCAGGAGGACGGGACCGCCCGCGCGGGGGAGUCGUACAUCGCGGACCUUGGGUUCUCCAACGGACUGUCGAUCCUGCUGUGUGCGGUGAUCUUGGUGGGGAUGGCGGUCGUGUUGAUUGCGAUUGCGUAUGCGGCGUUGGCGAAUAUCGUCAGGGGCCAGGAGAAUAGUAAACCGGCGCGCAAGGGGAAGGGGACCGAGGUGGCGGAGGAGGGAGCCGAGAUGGAGCAGAUUGAGGUUGUUGCGGUCAAGUCGUAG